AUGGUUUCCUCGUACUUCUUAAUAAUAUUAAUUUGGCUUAUCUGGGUCUUGUUUAAGAGAUGGCAAUUGAGACGAAUUAUAAAUCUUUCUCAGGCAAUAGGCAGCAGAUAUCCCGCAUUGCCGCUCAUAGGCAAUGGGUACUUGUUCGCAGGGGACGGGGAAGGUCGAAUGACUGCUUUCAAAAAAUUCGGUUUGGAAGCAACGAAAAAUAACGGAAUGACAAGCUUGUGGUUAGGUUAUGACUAUUAUACAGUUAUUUCGGAUCCUGUGAUAGCGGAGGCGAUUAUGAAGACCUGUCUGGAGAAAGGCUACCUCAUGCAAGUGUUCAGCCAUCUCCUCGGCAAUGGCAGCCUCAUCGCCCCGGUUAACAUCUGGCGCCCUCGUCGUAAAUUAGUAACUCCCAACUUCUCGCUGAAGAAUCUGCAGGCUUUUGUGAAAGUAUUUUCGCAGCAGAGUGAGAUAUUGGCUGACCGUUUAGCUUCCGUCGCCGAUAAAAAUACCUUCUCGAUUUGGAAAUACUUUACAACUUAUAGUAUGGAUUCUGUUUGUGAAACUACUCUAGGCAUCCAAGUGCAUGCGCAAAGGUUGUCACACAGCCCGUUCCUGUGGGCGUUCGAGCAGUACUGCCGGCUGACGGCGGCGCGUAUGUGCCGGCCCUGGCUGUGGGCGAGCCCACUCUACCACUGGCUGCCGCAGCACGCCACCCUGCGAGCGCACAGGGACAACAUAUGGAAUUAUAUUGAUAAAAUAAUUAAAAUGAAAAUAGAAGAACGGAAAUGUGAGCAGUUAUCUAAUGGAAGUGAGAGAGACAAAUCGCUCCUGGACAUGCUGCUGACGUCGUCUCUGUCCGAACUGGAGGUGCGCGAGGAGACCCUCGUACUGGUGCUGGCGGGCUCCGACACGUCCGCCGUCGGCGCCGCCUUCACCGCUUGUCUGCUCUCACAAUAUUCACACGUGCAGGACAAAGUGUAUGACGAGUUGUACGCAGUGUUCGGGGACUCGCAGAGACCUGUCGAGGCAGAAGAUCUGUCAAAGCUCAAGUACCUAGAGGCCGUCAUCAAGGAGUCCAUGCGACUCUACCCACCCGCUGCUGUCAUAGCAAGGAAAUUGGACAAAGAUGUUGUUUUGCGUUCAGGUAUAACGCUGGUGAAGGGUUCCGGUGCGCUGAUCAAUAUCUGGGCGAUGCACCGCAAUCCUCGCUACUGGGGAAAAGACGCCGAGCUGUUCUUGCCCGACCGCUUUCUUCCCGCCUCGUCCGACACCCGUCCACCGCAGCGAUACGCCGCCUAUAUGCCCUUCAGUUACGGACCGAGGAAUUGCAUAGGAUAUCAGUACGGUAUGAUGUCUAUGAAGACGGCAUUGGCGACCGUAGUGCGGCGCUACCGCUUGCUGCCAGCCGCGCUUCCCCCGCGCCCACCGCGCCCACCGCGCCCACCGCGCCCACUGCGCGUCAAAUACGACAUUAUGAUGCGCGACGUAGACAACUACAUCCUCCGCUUGGAACCUCGGUCCAAAACUGCUGAAUAG